CUCCUGUGGGCGCCGUCAGCUCGUCUUGUCCUUCUCCGAGCCGAGGUGUUUCUGGGUACCGCGAGAAUUGCUCCGUCGGCAGGUCACUAUGCCGGUAGGGCCGGGAUGGCUGAGGAGCUGCGCGAAGCCGACCUGGUAGGCUCAGCCCUUCGGCCAUCUCUGACGAAAUGGCACCCCGAGACCGUCCGGUAGUGGCACCUCAGGCCGCCAUGCGCAAACGCGGGGCUCGAAAGCGCCUCAAGUUUCGGGCCGAAGACGUCUGCUUGGAGCGGAUGACCGUGGCCGACUAUGCAAAUUCGGAUCCUGCUGUCGUGAAAUCUGGACGCGUCAAAAAGGCUGUGGCCAAUGCGGUGCAACAGGAAGUGAAAUCACUCUGUGGUUUGGAAGCGUCUUUCGUACCCACUGAUGAAAUACUAUCUGUGGCAGAGUCCUGUGACAGUGGCGAUGAAAUGGAUUCUAAAUAUUUCACCACUGAUGAAUAUUUCAUGACUGAUAGAAAAAAGAAAAGCAAGAGGCAUAAAGAAAGCUCCGAGAGUGUGGUAGGCAAAGAAUAUCCAAUUGACAUAUGGUUGAUGUUGGCAUCCUAUAUACGCCCAGAAGACACUGUGAGUUUUUCUCUAAUUUGCAAAAGGGCCUGGACUGUUACUUGUACAGCUGUAUUCUGGACCAGACUUUAUAGAAGGCAUUACAAUAGGAGUGCAUCCCUCCCAGUCCGUUUACAGCCAGAAUCAAUGGAAAAGAUGUACUGCCUUCGUGCAUGUGUAAUUCGUUCAUUAUACCAUACGUAUAGACCUUUUGUUUCCCGGAUAGCCAGAAAUCCAACUAUCCCAGAAGCUACUCCAAGCAGUUUAAAAAAUUCAAAAUGCCUGCUCUUCUGGUCUAAAAGGAUUAACCAGCAGUCUUCACUGUGGGAAUUCAGCUUCAAAUUCCAAAGGCAGUCUCCCAAGUUCAAGAAUAAAUGUUUGAAACCACUUCAACCACCUGUCCGGUAUGCAGAUGUCCAUAUGAACCCUGACCAAGACUGCUGUCUGUUGCAGAUAACUACUAUUGACUUUAUAUAUAUUCCUAUAGUAAUGGGCAUGACAGUUACAUUGUUCACAAUAAAUGUGAGCACUGACAUGCGGCACCACAGAGUGAAAUUAGUAUUCCAUGAUUCUCCAGUAUGGAGUGGCAAGAAACCUAGAUUUGACCAUGGGAUGCAGGUUAUAAUGGACCCUGUGCACAGUGUGCAUCUGUUUGAUUGGUGGCAUCCACAGUUUCCAUCUUCACACAUCUGAAGACUCCCAAGUUUACAUCAUAAAUUGUAUUCUGUGCUAUUUCCAUAAACAACAAAAUUUGAUAAGCCA